UGGAGGGGCUCUAUGUGACGACUGGAGGGAGGGGGCAACACACUUGAGAUCGGAGGAGCAGCGGCGCAGGACAGUUCAGACGAGCAGAGAGGAGAGGAGCAGUGCGGGAGAGACGGUGCCCAUCCGUCAACUAGCUGGAGGAACCCCACACUCACGUUCCCUUAUGGCUGCUUGAGAGAUAACGAUACACCCCCCCUCCCCCCUUCUCUCUCUCUCCUUCUCUGGGACUUUUUUUUUUUCUUCUUCUUCUCCUCUCUUUUCCUUUUCUCUUUUGGAAGUGUUGUCCGAGAAGUUCGUCGCGCGCCUCAUCGGUCGCUCCAAAGUUGAACAAGAGAACGUGAAUCCACUUGCCGCGGACGUCUCCGGCGGCCAUGGAUACCCAUAUAAGAUGGAAAGUUAAACCGAGGUUAAGGGACGCCCAGGUCGCCGUGGCGGUGAUUCUGCUUUUUGUCACAUCGCAAGCGAGCUCAGCGGAACCAGCAGACCUCUUGAAGAUUUUAGAUUUUCACAGUUUACCCGACGGUGUAACAAAAACGACGGGUUUCUGCUCACAUCGGAGGUCAACACAAGGACCCGAUGUGGCUUACAGAGUAUCCAAAGACGCCCAGCUCAGCGCCCCGACCAAACAGCUGUAUCCAGGUGAUGUGUUCCCAGAGGACUUUUCCAUCUUGGCCACGGUGAAGCCCAAGAAGGGCAGCCAGUCCUUCCUGCUGUCUGUGUACAACGAACAGGGCAUCCAGCAGCUCGGAGUGGAAGUGGGACGCUCCCCCGUGUUCCUGUACGAGGACCACACAGGCAAACCCAGCCCCGAGGACUACCCCCUCUUCAGAGGAGUCAACCUAGCUGAUGGAAAGUGGCAUCGAGUGGCCAUCAGCGUGCACAAGCAGACCAUCACCCUCAUUCUGGACUGUAAAAAGAAGACCGCCCAGAAGCUGCUCCGGAGCCCCAACCCCAUCAUCGAUACCAAAGGAAUUAUAGUGUUUGGAACGAGGAUACUUGAUGAGGAAGUCUUCGAGGGAGACAUCCAGCAACUAAUGAUUGUAGCAGACCACCGCGCUGCCUAUGACUACUGUGAGCACUACAGCACCGACUGCGAAGUGGCAGUGCCCGAUCAGCCUCAGAACCAGGACCCCAACACAGAUGAAUAUAACACAGAGGAGGACAGCUACUAUUAUGAAUACCCUUACUAUGAGGACGUCGACGGCAAGCCUCAGGAAUCAACCGGCAAUGCUGAGAACACAAAGGAAGCCAAGGUGACGGAAACAGAUGGAGACAGUGUGGUGACCGCAGUGGAGGAGAUUUUGAGUGGUUCUGGUGGCAAAGUCUUGACCUCCAUCUCCACAAGCUCGUCCUCUGGCCCGUCCUCCGGCUCAUCCGCCAGCGCAUCCUCCGGCUCGUCCGCCAGCUCAUCCACCGGCUCGUCCAGCAGCUCUUCAUCGAGCUCCUCCGGCACCGCCACCGGCGGAGGAGACGCCUACGGGGAGGAGACCAGCCCUUACGAAAGCUACGACGGCGGCUAUGGUAACUACGAGACCUACUACGACGAGUCCACAGCGGUGCCCGAUGGCGACGACACUCGACGCGUCACCAUCACCAGCGUUGGCACCGGGGGUGAGCUGGAUUUGGGAGCAGUGGGGAAGGUUGACCUGGGUGCAGGGGGCGUCAUUGAGAAGAGCGUCAUCACCACUGGAACGGGAGCUGCAACGACCAUCAAUGCCACAUCAGUGGGAACGUCCUACGAUAACUAUGACGACGGAUAUGACUAUGGCGUGGACGGCCAUUACACCACUGGUGGAGGCGGCGGUAGCAGCAGCAGCACCGUGCACAUCGGCGGCGGCGGCGGCGGCGGCGGCGGCAGCAGCAGCAGCAGCACCGUGCACGUGAGUGGUGGCGAUGGCGGUGGCGGCAGCAGCAGCACCGUGCACAUGAGUGGCGGAGCCGGUGGCGGAGCCGGUGGCGGCGGAAGCAGCAGCAGCAGCACAGUUUUGGUCAGCGGCGGAGGAGGCGGGAGCAGCAGCAGCUCCACCAUCACCAUCGGAGGUGGUUCUGCCGGAGGAACUUCCGUGUCUGCGGGAGGAUCUUCUGCUGCUGGAGGUGGUGCAGCCAGCGCCGGCACCGGAGCCGGCGGGUCCAUCGCCACCGGAACGGGCCUGGGCGUGGAGGGCGAGGGUGACUACACCGACCUGGAUGGCUUCAAGGAGGAGCACGUCACGGACGACUAUGGCGAUUUGGGGAACUACGACGCCUAUGACGAGCUGGAUUACGACAAAGAGCGCAAGCCGCUGCCUGCUGAGACCAAUGAAUAUUACGGACAGGUCGACGGAGCACGCGGUGAGAAGGGACAGAAGGGAGAGCCUGCUGUUAUUGAGCCUGGCAUGUUGGUGGAGGGUCCGUCUGGGCCUGAAGGGCCAACAGGUCUGCCCGGACCCCCGGGUUCUUCUGGCCCACCAGGCAGCGCUGGAGAUUCUGGAGAGAGGGGUCCUCCUGGUCGUCCUGGUCUUCCCGGUGCUGAUGGUCUGCCGGGACCCCCUGGCACUGUCCUGAUGCUGCCUUUCCGGUUCAGCUCUGGAGGUGACUCUGGACAGAAGGGACCUGCUGUGUCAGCACAGGAGUCCCAGAUGCAGGCCAUCAUGCAGCAGGCUCGGCUGGCUAUGCGUGGCCCUACUGGUCCAAUGGGUCUGACUGGCAGACCUGGCCUCCUGGGUCCACCUGGUGUAUCAGGACUGAAGGGAGAGUCUGGAGAGUCAGGACCCCAGGGACCACGUGGGCCUAUGGGAUCCCUUGGACCCAGUGGAAAGCCCGGCAGAAGGGGUCGGUCCGGAGCUGAUGGUGCCAGAGGCAUGCCAGGACAGUCUGGACCCAAGGGAGACAGAGGGUUUGAUGGUCUGGCUGGACUCCCUGGUGAAAAGGGACACAGAGGUGAACCUGGCCCCUCCGGACCUCCUGGGGGUCCUGGAGAGGAUGGAGAGAGGGGAGAUGAUGGAGAGAUCGGACCCAGGGGACUUCCUGGUGAACCAGGGCCCCGCGGUUUGCUGGGACCAAAGGGACCUCAGGGACCUCCCGGGCCCCCUGGUGUCACUGGAAUGGAUGGUCACUCUGGACCCAAAGGAAACAUUGGACCUCAAGGAGAGCCAGGACCUCCUGGACAGCAAGGCAACCCAGGCACCCAGGGACUCGCAGGGCCCCAAGGAGCCAUCGGCCCUCCGGGAGAGAAGGGUCCCACUGGAAAGCCCGGCUUGCCAGGAAUGCCAGGAGCCGACGGCCCACCGGGUCACCCUGGAAAGGAGGGGCCUCCUGGAGAGAAAGGACACCUGGGCCCCUCUGGCCCUCAAGGACCCAUCGGUUAUCCUGGGCCCCGAGGUGUGAAGGGAGCUGAUGGUGUGCGUGGUCUCAAAGGACACAAGGGUGAAAAGGGAGAAGACGGCUUCCCAGGCUUCAAGGGAGACAUGGGUAUCAAGGGCGACAGGGGAGAGCUCGGACCCGCAGGACCCAGAGGAGAGGACGGUCCAGAGGGGCCCAAGGGUCGCUCGGGUCUCCCAGGAGAUGCCGGUCCCCUUGGCACGAGUGGUGAGAAGGGUAAACUCGGAGUUCCUGGAUUGCCAGGAUACCCAGGAAGACAAGGACCAAAGGGAUCUCAGGGUUUCCAAGGUUUCCCUGGCGCCAAUGGAGAGAAAGGAACUCGGGGAACAGCAGGAAAGCCUGGCCCACGCGGACAGAGAGGACCAACGGGGCCUCGGGGAGAGAGAGGAGCAAGAGGACCAACAGGAAAAGCUGGACCAAAGGGUAACUCAGGAAAUGAUGGCCCACCAGGACCUCCCGGCGAGAGGGGUCUGCCAGGGCCUCAGGGACCAACAGGUUUCGCGGGACCAAAGGGUCCUCCUGGACCUGCAGGCAAAGACGGACUGCCUGGACAUCCCGGACAGAGAGGAGAGACUGGAUUCCAAGGCAAGACUGGCCCUCCUGGUCCUCCAGGUGUGGUUGGACCUCAGGGACCAACAGGUGAGACUGGACCAAUGGGAGAUCGUGGUCACCCUGGACCCCCAGGCCCACCUGGUGAGCAGGGUCUACCUGGAUCUGCAGGAAAAGAGGGAGCCAAGGGUGACCCCGGCCCUGCUGGCCCAGCGGGUAAGGACGGUCCACCUGGGCCAAGAGGUUUCCCCGGAGAGAGAGGUCUGCCUGGCCCUGUGGGGGCUCAUGGUCUGAAAGGCAAUGAGGGUCCUCACGGCCCACCUGGCCCUGCUGGUUCUCCUGGUGAACGUGGUCCUUCUGGCCCAGCCGGACCCACAGGUCUUCCCGGACGUCCUGGCCCCCAGGGGCCCCCAGGCCCUGCUGGAGAGAAAGGAGGACCGGGAGAGAAAGGACCUCAAGGCCCAGCUGGAAGAGAUGGUAUUCAGGGACCCGUGGGUCUGCCAGGACCUGGAGGACCUCCUGGACCACCUGGAGAGGAUGGAGACAAGGGAGAGCUUGGAGAGCCAGGCCAGAAAGGAAGCAAGGGUGACAAAGGAGAACACGGUCCACCUGGUCCCACUGGCCCUCAAGGACCUGUUGGAGCUCCUGGUCCCGCUGGUGCAGAUGGUGAGCCUGGUCCCAGGGGUCAGCAGGGUCUGUUUGGCCAGAAGGGAGAUGAAGGCUCAAGAGGCUUCCCUGGACCUCCAGGUCCAGUUGGGCUGCAGGGCUUACCCGGACCACCUGGCGAGAAAGGUGAAACUGGAGACGUUGGUCAAAUGGGUCCACCUGGCCCCCCUGGCCCCAGAGGUCCCUCCGGACCCCCAGGAGCCGAUGGCCCACAGGGACCUCCUGGUGGUAUCGGAAACCCCGGCGCUGUUGGAGAGAAGGGAGAUGCUGGAGAAACAGGAGAGCCAGGUCUUCAGGGAGAAGUUGGCCCACCAGGUUCAAGAGGAGAGCGAGGAGAAAAGGGAGAGGGUGGGCCUGCUGGUACAGCUGGACCUCCCGGCCCUAAGGGACCCCCCGGAGAUGAUGGUCCUAAAGGCAGCCCAGGUCCAAGUGGUUUCCCCGGUGACCCCGGUCCUCCUGGCGAGCCUGGCCCCGCUGGGUUAGAUGGUCCAUCUGGUGACAAGGGAGAUGACGGAGAGCCGGGUCAACCUGGUUCACCUGGACCCACCGGAGAGUCUGGUCCCUCUGGACCACCAGGAAAGAGAGGCCCCCCUGGAGUAAACGGACCUGAGGGAAGACAGGGAGAGAAGGGAGCCAAGGGAGAGUCUGGCAUGGAAGGUUCCCAAGGAAAGACAGGUCCUGUUGGUCCUCAAGGUUCACCUGGCAAGCCCGGUUCUGAAGGUCUCAGGGGUAUCCCUGGCCCGGUUGGAGAGCAAGGCCUGCCUGGUUCUCCAGGCCCAGACGGGCCUCCCGGACCUAUGGGCCCUCCUGGUUUGCCCGGUUUGAAAGGAGACUCUGGCAUCAAAGGAGAAAAGGGACACCCGGGUCUUAUUGGUCUCAUCGGACCCCCAGGUGAACAGGGAGAAAAGGGUGAUAGAGGUCUGCCCGGUCCUCCAGGAUCGUCCGGUCUCAAAGGAGACAAUGGUAUUGCCGGUCCCUCAGGUCCUCUCGGUCCCCUGGGUCCUCCCGGAUUACCUGGUCCUCCCGGUCCCAAAGGAGCUAAAGGGUCAUCGGGUCAAACUGGACCAAAGGGAGAGAGUGGUACACCUGGACCCCCUGGCCCUCCUGGUCCUCCUGGCGAUGUCAUCCACCCACUCCCCAUCCAGGCUUCCAUGAAGGGCAGAACGCGCAGGAACAUCGACGCCAGCCAGAUGAUGGACGACGCCGCCAUGGAUGCCAACUACAAGGACUACGACGACGGCAUGGAGGAAAUCUUUGGCUCGCUCAACUCCCUGAAACUGGAGAUCGAACAGAUGAAGCACCCGCUGGGCACACAGAGCAACCCUGCUCGUACCUGCAAGGACCUGCAGCUCUGUCACCCUGAUUUCCCAGAUGGUGAGUACUGGAUUGAUCCAAACCAGGGCUGUUCUCGGGACUCCUUCAAGGUUUACUGCAACUUCACAGCGGGUGGAGAGAGCUGCAUCUUCCCAGAUAAGAAGUCUGAAGGGAGCAAAAUGGCAAAAUGGCCCAAAGACUCGCCAGGCACAUGGUAUAGUCACUACAAGAGAGGUUCCCUGCUCUCCUACGUGGACGCCGAGGGCAACCCGAUCGGCGUGGUCCAGAUGACUUUCAUGCGGUUGCUGAGCGCGGCAGCCAGGCAGAACGUAACGUACAACUGCUACCAGUCGGUGGCCUGGCACGACCAGGACCAGGACAACUACGACAAGGCCAUCCGCUUCCUGGGCUCCAACGAUGAGGAGAUGUCAUACGAUAACAACCCCUACAUCCGCGCCGUGGUCGACGGCUGUGCGUUGAAAAAGGGCUACGAAAAGACGGUACUUGAGAUCAACACACCGAAGGUGGAGCAGGUGCCGUUUGUGGACAUCAUGUUCAACGACUUUGGCGGCUCCACGCAGAAGUUUGGAUUCGAAGUGGGCCCCGUCUGUUUCGUCGGCUAAGACUGUUUACUGAGCAAAUGGAGAGAGAGAAAAAAAAAGAGCAUAUUUUUUUGUUUUCUCAGAAAAAAAAAAAAAAAAAAAGAAUUGAAAAAGGAAUAGGACAAUUCUAUUUGUAAAAAAUUCCAUAAAGCAACAAGUAUGAGCAAAAUGAAAUCAAGUUGAGGAUACAGUGAAAUUCUUUAGGAAUAGAGGAAAACGAAAUAACCUCAGUGUGCCUUCUCCAUCACAUGCAAGUUUUGAAGCUGGAUGUCAGAUCCUGCCUCCUGCGCGACACACUCGCAGACGUUAAAAACAAACACACCUAGCCGCAUGCCAUCGCACUUGAUUUAGACCUUCUCGUCCCAAAACAACGAAGGCGACCCUGAGAGCCGCAGCAAUCCCAGACGUUCGCAGUUUUUUGCCGUGGACUCCAUCUGAUUUGGCUCUUUCCUCCUCUUUGGUUUUGAUCUCAUGUUUCCCCUCGUCUCCCUGGCUUCUUCCACUCGUCUUUUGUUGGGUUGUUUGCUCAUUCACUACAGGAGCUCUGUUUGUGCAUAAUUGUCCUCCCCCCCAUUCUCUCGGAAUGGAUCUUUAUAUAUAAAUAUAUAUAUAAAUAUAUAUAAAUAAUUUUUAUGUUUGUAAGUACAUUCUGUAUAUUUUUCCUGGUAAUGUUUAUUGCUUCUGGCUUCAAAACAUGCAUGUGACUUUUUUAAUUGUGAGGUAGCAGAUGAUGGAUACAGGGAUAACAUCUAAAACUGUAGAAGUAUUGAGGAAUAGUGAGGAAAUUCGACUUGUAAAUUUAAAAAUAAACCCCAAAAAGACUAAUUGGGCAGUCCUGUCUUGUUGCAGUUGUGGAGCACAUCCUGUUGUAAUUUAAGAACGGAAUGGAAAUAAAAGACGAAAACAAGCUCUGUGAUAUUAUGUGACAGUUGAUUUGCAUAACAAACAAACAAAAAAGAAAAAACGAAAUACAUUCCUCCUUUUGUGGCCUUUGAACAGAACACCUACCCUGGUGGCAAUAUCAUUAACUUAAUAAACAGCUUCUUCUAUCUGACUAUGCGACGGGAGAUGAUGUCACAUUUGAAUGAAAACACAACAAUCAAAACCCUGGUGCUAUUUUCCCUCUUCUGUGGUGCUAUGUAUUUGUUGUUUGAAUGAAAGGAAAUCUGUGGUGAGAAUAUUCCAUCACCAGCAGCCCCUUGACUCUCUUCACCACCAUGUCGGACGCAGGUGGAUCUUUGCUGCAUCCAUCUUCUUGUUUCGUUUUGUUUCGUUUAUUAUUUUUUUUAACAUGUCCAGCAGUGGCGUGUUGCAUUCCAUUCCCCUACGUAUCCACUUGCAGAUAUCAGUGCAGCAUGGCGGCGCGAGCUGCCUCGCACAUGCGAGAUGUGUCUGACAACUUUUUACCAAAUGUUGGGGAUGAGAAAGAGGGAACUGGGAUGGCGCUGUUGGCCUUGCUUGUCGUUGCUCUGAGACGCUGCCAUGUCGGCUCUUGGUGCUGUCGGAUCACCUGCGCCACGUCAAACUGAUGGAGCUGAGAAGUGGAAAUGUUGAAAUUGGGCCAAAGGGUUAUGGUCCAAUGUCGCGUUUGGUGUAUGAAACCUUAAACCCUCUCCACCAAAGGUCAUCACGUUAAUAUUUAGCUUUGAGAGGCUUGAUUUUUUGUUUUCUUCUCCUUUUUUUUGUAUGGGAAACGUUCUUUUACUUUUAUCCACAGUAGAGGCAGGUAAUCAAAUUAGACAGAUUUGUCCAUGCAGCAUCAAAAAUGGCUUGUUUCGUUUACUAUUUUUGCCCUUAUUGUAAUUAUGCUCUUUGUUCAAACUAUGCACUCUCUAUGCUUAUGACCACUAAUAUCUACCACAGAAUUUAACAGCCCAUCAUACAUAGAUCCGUUUAGUUUCCUUUUAAAAAUUUUUAAACAUCUUCUCACAUGUGACUUGAACCAUUUCUGUUCAGACAACUCAAUAUUGCUUGUAGAUCCUUGGCUUGAUUCUUCAUUGUGAUGCAGUACACCCAAAUUUAAACACUUUGCUCUCAGAGUAGGAGACAAACUUUUUUUUUUUUUUUUGUAAAUUUCCAGAACCAGCAGCAAUGCUGCCAUUGUUUUGUUUCCUGUUUCAUUUUUGUAGAUUUUCCGUUGUUGUCUGUCUUUGUUUGUUUUCACAGUCUUGUCAAACCUGUGUAAGGAUAAGAGGAAAGAAGAUAUAUUGGUUUUCGUGUCAAUAAAUUCAAGUUUACUGUGGCCAUCCCACUCUUGUAUGUCUUUUGAAGCAUUAAAACCUAUCUGUAUGCAUGAAAUUGUAAGGUUUUUUUCUCUUGUUAUAAUUGUGUAGGGUGACAUGAUCUCCAGGCCACGUCUUAUUCACCGGGAUACGUCAGUGGUUUGUCAAUGCCACGGAUGAAGGGAAGAAACGGUCAUGUCCACAAUUGUGAAGUGGAGAGAAAAUGAUGAACUUGUAACUCUUACCAAAGCCAAUGUUCGUUUGUAGUAUAUUUAUUGUACUAUUUAAAAUAAAAAAAUAAAUGUUAAAUGACACCAUA